UCUCUCUCUCUCUGUCUCUCUCUCUCUCUGUCUCUCUCUCUCUCUCUGUCUCUGUCUCUGUCUCUCUCUCCCUCUCUCUCUCUCUCUCUCUCUGUCUCUCUCUCUCUCUCUCUCUCUCUCUCUCUCUCUCUCUCUCUCUCUCUCCCUCUCUCUCUCUCUCUCCGUCUCUCUCUCUCUCUCUCUCUCUCUCUCUCUCUCUCUCUCUCUCUCUCUCACACACUCAGUUGCUCGUGUUUAAUUCUAUGCUGAUCGCAUGUUGGAGCUCCAGCGCUUAUUGAAAAGGGGUCUCGAUAUCAGGAGGUUCAAAUCCCGGCUGAGCCACUGACUCACUCUGUGUGUGUGCGUGUGUGUGUGUGUGUGUGUGCGUGCGUGUGUGUGUGCGUGCAUGCGUGCGCGUGUGACCCUGAGCGAGUCACGAAAAACAAUCAUUUUCAGUUCUGUGCCUUUGUGCCACCCACAUGUCUGUCUGGGUGUCUGAUUUUCUUUUUUUUAUGAAAUUAUUUUAUUCAUGAUAGUUUUGUCUACAGCAGCAGGGCUAGACAGCUAGACAGCAAGCCUCUCCCUCCCCCCGGUCUAUCUGACCUCGUUAUCAGCCAGCUCAGACACACAGAGCCAGUAAAACCAUUACAGUGACUCUCACCUGCUCCAGCAUGCGCUGCUGGCAUCCCAUAGCUCUGACAUGUUCCUAUAAGGAAUGACUCAAACCGUCCCACCCACACCCACACACCGCCCGGUCCUGUCUGAGGGGAGCUCUGAACCCCAGGACUGGGUGCAGCAGCAGCAGCAGCAGGGCUAGUGUGAGUUUGUAACCCUGCUCAAACUCCUGGCUCCUGAUCAUUUCAAUAUUAAUAAUAAUAAUACUAGACUUCAUUGAGGGGAGCUCUGAACCCCAGGACUGGGUGCAGCAGCAGCAGCAGCAGCAGGGCUAGUGUGAGUUUGUAACCCUGCUCAAACUCCUGGCUCCUGAUUAUUUCAAUAUUAAUAAUAAUAAUACUAGACUUCAUUGAGGGGAGCUCUGAACCCCAGGACUGGGUGCAGCAGCAGCAGCAGCAGCAGGGCUAGUGUGAGUUUCUAACCCUGCUCAAACUCCUGGCUCCUGAUCAUUCAAUAUUAAUAAUAAUAAUAAUAAUAAUACUAGACUUCAUUGAGGGGAGCUCUGAACCCCAGGACUGGGUGCAGCAGCAGCAGCAGCAGCAGGGCUAGUGUGAGUUUGUAACCCUGCUCAAACUCCUGGCUCCUGAUCAUUUCAAUAUUAAUAAUAAUAAUACUAGACUUCAUUGAGGGGAGCUCUGAACCCCAGGACUGGGUGCAGCAGCAGCAGCAGCAGCAGGGCUAGUGUGAGUUUGUAACCCUGCUCAAACUCCUGGCUCCUGAUCAUUUCAAUAUUAAUAAUAAUAAUACUAGACUUCAUUGAGGGGAGCUCUGAACCCCAGGACUGGGUGCAGCAGCAGCAGCAGCAGGGCUAGUGUGAGUUUGUAACCCUGCUCAAACACCUGGCUCCUGAUCAUUUCAAUAUUAAUAAUAAUAAUACUAGACUUCAUUGAGGGGAGCUCUGAACCCCAGGACUGGGUGCAGCAGCAGCAGCAGCAGCAGCAGCAGGGCUAGUGUGAGUUUCUAACCCUGCUCAAACUCCUGGCUCCUGAUCAUUUCAAUAUUAAUAAUAAUAAUACUAGACUUCAUUGAGGGGAGCUCUGAACCCCAGGACUGGGUGCAGCAGCAGUAGGGUGAGUGUGAGUUUGUAACCCUGUGUGUUUUUUUAAACACGUCUCUUUGAAUUGCUGUCGGGGUAUCCAGGCAACGUCUUGUUCAUUUUCUUUCCAUAGAGGCUCAUUCCUGGGAACGCUGGUGACGUUACUCCCACAUGGGAUCGGCCUCGUUGUGUCCUGACAGCCCGGCUCCACGCCUCCACACUGUAGUUGUUUCUACAGGCCCGGGAGCAGCAUGAACGCUGGGGGGGGGGGUCUGAUUAUUUAGGACGAGCUCAUUAUGGAAAAAACAAAUCAUAUGACAGCGCAGUCCACACACACUCACCCACACACACACACACACACACACACUCACACACACACACCCACACAGACACACACACACACACACUCACACACACACACCCACACAGACACACACACACACACACACACACUCACCCACACAGACACACAGACACACACACACACACACACACAGACACACACGCACGCACACACACACACUCACCCACACAGACACACACACAGACACACACACACACACACACACACACACACACUGACAAGACACACACUCAGAGGACCCCUCUCUGUGUGAAGUGCGUGGCUCUGAUUCCAGUGCAGGGUUUGGGGUUCAGGGGUUCAGGGGCUCAGGCGCUCACUCACACAGCGGCUCACCUCUCACACAGAUCUGAGGGUGGACUCCUGGCUCUGUGGAUUAGCAGCUGCAGGACUCUCUGUGAACCCAGCUUACCAAGGAGGGGGGCCAUGACAGGUUUCAGCAGAUAUUACAAUGCCGAUCCGGGACUUCCUCAGAGCUUGCCCGCUGUUUCUGACCCUCGCCCUCCUUUCUCUGCGGACGGAGAGCAUCGCAACCGAACCCGCGACCAACAGCACGGCCCGGCCCACCACCCUCCUGCGCCGCAUCCUGGUCGAGUUCGGAGGAGACUACGAAGACGAAGGGGAGGGUGACUCCUCCCCCGGGGGCGGGGUCUCUCUCCAAACCCCGCCCCCCGCCCCGCCCCCAUCGCCAUGCGACUACGACCCUUGCAGAGACGGUCAGGUCCCGUGCGACGAGCUGAGGCGGGACAGUCCGUGUUUGUGUCCCGGCGUCACUUCGGCCAGCGUGGCCCCGGAGCCGCCCAGUUUUCGGGAGGUUAGCCAGCAAGACCCGGCGGCGAUUCUGGUACACUGGUGCGCCCCGGCGUCCGAGGUGGACCGCUACCAGAUCUCUUACUACGGGAGCAAAACCGCAGGAGGAGGAGGGAAGGGAGACGGGUCAGACAACCCGCGGCGGACUGCUGAGUUUGGAAACCGGGUCAGGGCCGCGGUUCUGGACGGUCUGGAGCCCGGGUUGACGUACCACAUCUGCGUUCGGGCCGUUAACAAGGUGAACUCCGGUUCGGCUGAUUCCGGCGCCUCUUCGGCUUGCUCAGACUACGAGCUGCGGCCCCCGAACCGCUUGUAUUUGUACGCCGGGCUGGCAGGGGGCGCUGUGGUGCUGUUGGCAGCAGCUCUCAGCGUCCUGGCGUUCCGGCGUUGCCGUGCCAACAGGCGAACCGGCAGAGACGCGAUGGGAUUGGCCAACCCGAGCUACAGUCGCGGGAGCGUGGACAUGCUGUCCAGCUGAAUGGGGCUCGCCGUUGAGAUGCAUAGAAAUCAAUGCAGACAUUUUGCUGUUUGUGCUGCCACCUGGUGGACAAUAAAUUGAAACGUUCAGACUGACUUACUUUAUCAAGUGGGAAGCAGUGUGGAGUAGCGGUCAGGGCUCUGGACUCUUGACCGGAGGGUCGUGGGUUCAAUCCCAGGUGGGGGGACGCUGCUGUUGUACCCUUGAGCAAGGUACUUUACCUAGAUUGCUCCAGUAAAAACCCAACUGUAUAAAUGGGGAAUUGUAUGUAAAAAUAAUGUGAUAUCUUGUAACAAUUGUAGGUCGCCCUGGAUAAGGGCGUCUGCUAAGAAAUAAAUAAUAAUAUUUUUUUUAAAAAUGAAAGACAUUUUAAAUGGUUCAGACUUAUAUUAAAAAUAAUAAUAAUAAUAAUAAUAAUAAUAAUAAUAAUAAUAAUAAUAAUAAUAAAAACUGCAGUUAUAAUAUAUGUCCACUAGGUCGCACUGUGUCCUAUGGUAAAAAAAAAAGCUACGUUGCUGACGUGCUCUGCAAUGGUAUUGUAUGCAAUGGAAAAUUAUUUUUCAGAGAUAUUGUAAUGUCUGUUUCCAGCCACCAGAGGCACUGUCUGCUAUACAAAACCCCCCCAAUCAAACACAAUGUAAUUCAUAUGCAGUAGAGUUUGACCAGCAAGUGCAGUUUACAGGCACACUAUAAAAACAAGCGCUCUCUCUGUGCAAAUCUACAAGUUAUGUAAAUAUCUGUCAUGUAUUUUCUAUUAGAUGCCAUUUCAGUGUUUAGUUUUUUAAAUAUACAAUAUAUUAUUUAUUUUACAGAAUGAUCUUGUUGUUAUUUUUGCUCUUUCUUGUACUGUGCUGUACCGGCUGGUUUUGUGUCAUGAAAUAAAACACAUUUUUUUUAAAAAAAAUAUAUAUAUAU